UGUGAAUGAACAGCUGAAAGAGAAAGUUUUUAAAGAACUUCCCAAAAGAACAAAAAAAAGAACAAAUUAUGACAAGCCGAACAAAGCCAUUUUCCCCGAAAAGCACAAAAAAGACUCAACUGGAAUCCGGCCAAUCUGGCAACAUUUAACCCAGUCUCGUAUAAUCCCUCCUCUUCCAUUUUGACCCCGGCAGUAGAAGUUGCUUUCCGGCGGCAACAGUUUUGCUUGUUGAGUCUCAGUGUGGUAGCUAUAUCGUAUUUUUACUGUUGAAUACUUGUAAAAUAAAUAAAGAAACAGAGCACAAUGUCCCGAGGGUCAAGUGCGGGUUUCGAUCGACACAUUACCAUUUUUUCUCCCGAGGGUCGUCUGUACCAAGUAGAGUACGCAUUCAAGGCUAUAAAUCAAGGUGGGCUGACUUCUGUAGCUGUCAGAGGUAAAGACUGCGCAGUAGUUGUCACACAGAAAAAAGUACCGGAUAAGCUUUUGGAUUCCAGUACUGUCACUCACCUAUUCAGAAUAACUGAGAAUAUUGGCUGUGUGAUGUCUGGGAUGACAGCUGACAGCAGAUCGCAGGUCCAGAGAGCCCGUUACGAAGCAGCCAACUGGCAGUACAAGUAUGGCUAUGAGAUCCCAGUGGACAUGCUGUGCAAACGGAUGGCAGACAUCUCUCAAGUCUACACACAGAAUGCUGAGAUGAGACCACUGGGCUGCUGCAUGAUUGUGAUUGGUGUGGAUGAAGAGAAUGGCCCUCAGGUUUAUAAGUGUGACCCUGCCGGAUACUACUGCGGCUUUAAGGCAACAGCCGCCGGUGUGAAACAGACUGAGGCCACCAGCUUCCUGGAGAAGAAAGUAAAGAAGAAACUGGACUGGACCUUUGAGCAAACCGUUGAGACGGCAAUAAGCUGUCUGUCCACAGUGCUGUCCAUUGACUUUAAACCCUCUGAACUGGAGAUUGGGGUCAUCACUACGGAGGACCCAAAAUUCAGGAUUCUUUCAGAGUCAGAGGUCGACUCACACCUGGUGUCCCUUGCAGAGAGAGACUGAUUUCCCAUGGAAGGGCUGCUUCAGAUAUUAGACUGCAGAAGGAGAAUGGAGCGAGCAUCAUUCCUGUAUAUUUACCCUGUUCCAUUAAAGAUGACAUUUUGGAGAAAAA